AUUUGGAAUGAAAGUGUGUUACGUUGUGACGUCAUAAAUUAAAAGAGCAUGUCAGGCAUGAUCCAUAGAGCGACAUGUUUGUAAGCAGAUUGUGUGUGUGUGCGUGAGCAAUAUGAACGUGCCAUCCCGCUCUCUCUCCCUUCUCUCUCUCCUCUCUCGCUCUCCUUUCCCAUCUCCAACAUCUCUCACUAGUGUCCAAAUAUCCCGUCAGCCGCGCGUAUCCUCUCGAGUUUUCUUUCUCGGGACGCGGUGGCAGCAGCGGCGGCAUUUCUCAUUCCAGCCACCACGCUUGAGCUUUCUCCAAAUCAAAACAGUAAUUUGCAAGUCCAGGAUUUAACGUGCACUUCCGGCCGGCAAUGUAUAUAGACGCGUUCAAAAGGAUCCUCUUUGAGCGGCUCAACUGCUUGAAGAGGAUGUGUGUGUGUCAGCGUCACAGCAGCUCAUUUGCCAUGUCUAAGACCUCCAUGAGGAAGCUGCACUGGCGUUCCAGGAUGCAGGAUACCUUCGUCCCCUUGAUCGACUCGUCGGGGGAGCUCGGCGUGGCUGUCGGAGGAGGGGCCGAUUACGGAGAGUUUCCUUUUGUCACGGCCGCCCCGGGGGAUGGAAUCAAUGUGGGCGACAUCAUCCUAGAGAUUGGUGGAACGCCUGUACUGGGCAUGACGCUUGGCGAUGUACGUGGGGUCCUCAACUCCUGCCCCCAUCCUGUCCGCAUCAAAACCGUGUCACCAGGCGCCACGUUGUGCAAGGAUCUCAGGUUGUAUCUGAGUAAGUGCUUCACACCCGGCUCGGUGGACAGUACACUUCAGCAGGUCAUCCGAGAGAACCUUUUCCUCCGAGCUGUACCUUGUACAACCAGACCGCCUCGAGCGGGAGAGAUCCCCGGGACAGACUAUAACUUUGUCUCCAUUGAGGAGUUUUUUUCUUUGGAGGAGUCGGGAGCGCUGCUGGAGAGCGGCAAAUUUAAAGGGAAUUACUACGGCACGCCUCGCCCCGUUCACAUCAGCGCCGAGUCCCCCCCUAUUACCUAUCAGGAACACCGCAGCCUGCUCAGGAACUUCCGCACGCGCAGCAAGUCACUCAGCAACCUGGAAAAGGCUGCGGCCCAAGCCGAGCAUGGUGAUGAAGACCUGGGCCUCCCGGGAGGGCAUCGCUCACCGCUGGGGCGCCGGGCAUCGAGCGGCGGCUUUGCUGGCGUCCUAGAAAACGGCUUCAUGGGCAACAGGGCCGUAGACAGAGGGAGAGGCAUGAUCGCGGAUGACUGGGAGCAGGCCUUCAGCGACCCGGGAGAGUGUCACUACAUAGACCACAAGAGGACCAGCUGGCAGAGUCCUCGAGCACCGAGCAGGGAGUCGCUCUACAAAAACAAAUGGUUCACAGAGUACCCAGAGGAGCUUCAGGGUUUUCUUGUGCGCACACAUUUGAUCAAGGGCGCCAGGGGCUUUGGCUUCAACAUUGUUGGAGGCAGCAAGCCAAGAGAGUUCCUUCAGGUCUAUAGUGUGACUUCAAUCGGACCCUCAGCCCUCAAGACAGCGGACAUUCUGGUGUACAUCAAUGACGUUUGCAUGUUGGGAGUGUCUCACAAAAAGGCGGUGGAGAUGCUCAAGUCUGUCCCAGUGGGCCACGGUGUGGAUAUCGCCAUCAGAAGAGGAUACCCCAUGCUAUACAACCCUGACGGGUGUCCCAAAGAGCGCUUGCUGGACAGUGAUGACCCCGUCCUACUUCCCACCACCUCGCAGCCUGAGCCUCUUCACCAUCUACCUCGCCGGCCGACGCCUACUCCACAGAUCCGUCACUUGAACGGCCUCCACGGCGAUUACGUGGAGCCCGGCGUGAUUCUCGAUGCCAAUGGAAACGCCACGUCCUUUGCCAGCAGACAGUCGUCACUGAGACGCUCCAGUUUGAGCAAUGCCGCAUCACCGCCCUUGACACGCCCGCCUCGUUCCCUGAGAACAUUAGCCCAAGUGCAGUCGCUUGACCCGACGCUGGCCAGCCAGAGUGACAGUGAAGUUGUCUCUGCUAUCGGCUCACACAGGGCAUCAAUGAUUCGUAAUCACAACAACAACUCGUUGUCAACACCCCAGCAUCCUUUACGGUACGGCACAUCCAUCAAGUCAUCGGAGAGCGACCUAUCCACUUGUACGCUGCCCGUGUCCCGCCUCCCGCUGCCUCUGUCGCCAAAGAGGCCCUCGUCGUCCCCUGGCGGUCCUCGCAGCGCUCACGCCCGCCUCUUCAGACCGCAACCCUCUCACCUCCGACCUCCUCCGACGCCAGAGAGCCCCCGCCACCACGGUUUUAAUGGUCUCCAUGGGAACCACAGCCCCAUGGCCAGCCCCCACAAAAUGGCCCGUGCGGGCGGCGGGUUCGGCGGAGGCGAGUUGGUGCCGGUAGCGUUGGCGCAGACUGAGGCAGACAAAGGCCUGGGUUUCAGCAUGAUGGGCGGCGGGCCGGGGGGCGGGAUGACGGUCGUCAGGAGAGUUUGGGACAGGAAGCAGUGCAACACUCUGCAGCCAGGGGAUGCUAUUGUCAAAAUAAAUGGAGCUGACGUGCAGAGUCUCAGCCUUGGUCAGGUACAAACCGUCCUUCAGGAGCACACUAAACAGGGAGAAGUCACACUGUUGGUGUAUAGGGGAGGCAUCUAUCAAUCCAUCUCCCCCAGCUCCCUUCGGAGACUCCCCCCUCCUCUGCUCCGCCCCCCUCCUCCACCCGGUGGCUCAGUCGACACAUCCAUCCUCACUGAUGCCUUACCUGUUCCACGUACGUCAUUCGGCACACCGCCAUCCACAGCCCCCACGAGUUCUUCGCUGAUCCAGAGCACCAGCUUCUUGGAGUCCAUUCCGGUCACCCUGACCAUGGAGCCCAAAGACUGGAUCAGUACAGGUCUGGAGGAUGACGCCGGUAGAGUCACAGAACCCGAUUCAGGACUGGAAAUACGAGAAGACGAAAGGGUUCGACCCCUGAGAGGGUUCGAUGUGGAGCUGAAGAGAAAACCAGGGGAGGGUUUUGGCUUUGUCAUUGCCUCUCAAGAUCUGGAGAACACCAAAGCCGCAUCUCUUCUGCCACAUCGUUUUGUCACAGUGCGCCGAGGCAGCCCGGCAGCCAAGAGUGGUCAGAUUCGGCCAGGGGAUCGAUUGGAGGCCGUCGAAGGACGCUCGGUGGUGACGCUGCCUCACCGUGAGCUGGCGCAGAUCCUUCGCCGGGCAGGAAACACGCUCCGUCUCACUGUUGUCCCCCGGCCUAGCACCUACUCAACAAGCCUUUCAGAACCCGUGGAGUCCGAACUCGGACACCGAAGCAGGAAGGGUCAGAGGUCGCGUCCCAAACGUGAUUCCAGGUAUUACAGUGUCAACUUGGAUCGUGGCCCCUCAGGAUUUGGCUUCAGCCUCCGAGGGGGCAGUGAGUACAACAUGGGACUCUACGUCCUGGGACUGAUGGAGGGAGGGCCUGCUUCGCGCAGCCAAAAGAUACAGGUGAGUGACCAGCUUGUGGAGAUUAACGGCGACAGCACGGCGGGGAUGACUCACAGUCAGGCAGUGGAGCAGAUUCGCAGAGGGGGCCACCGCAUCCACCUGGUCCUCAAGAGAGGAAACGGAUAUGUGCCCGAUUAUGGCCGUGAGCACAGAAUCACCUCCCCCUCCCGCCUGCGUCACCCCAAGGAGCAGGGUAUGGCUGCAGUAGACUCCAGCAGGCAGAGGGGGCGCCGCUCCAAGCAGAAGAGGAGAGGCAAGUCUUUGGACGGACGUGAGAAAAGGACAAGUAGGAGGAGAAGGUGGGAAUCGGAAAGCCGCUCAGUGUUGCGAAGCCCCGACUCGGAGCCCGAGAAAGGGGAGAGUUCUCGAAAAAGGACGUCUCGGAGUCUACCCAGAGAAGCCCUGUCGACAGAUGACGGCCAUGCAAGGAGGAUGAGGAAAGGGGAGAGAGGGAGGAGCAGAGAGAGGAAAGAGAAGAAACAGGUAACAGCUCCUGUUGAGGAGAAUCUGGAAGAAAAGGUCGAAGAGGGAAAGGAGGUGUUACAUAGACCAGAUGUGCUGCCAAUUCCAAGUCCUGACAAAAAGCUUCCCAGGCCUAAAGAGGAGAGUGAGGAAGAGUCAGACGAGAUGUGGAAAGUGGCAGCAGGCUACCGUGCCAUGAAGCAGCUCCAGGGCUACGUGGACGACGACGAUGAUGACAAUGAUGAUGACACCCACCAGUUUGAAGAAAAGCUCCGGGAUUUUGAGGAAGAUGAGGUUUCAGGGGAUGCACAAGAGGGGCUGUUAUCAAACGACGCCGGGACAUACUCCGUCCCACAAAGGAAGCCCUUCUCCUUCCUCGCUUCUGCACUUUCUGUAAAUCAGCUGAGGUAUGAUGAGACAGAGUCUGGAGGCAGCCAAUCAGAUGACAGCAUGUCCGCCGCUAGCAUCUCUAGCUUUCCUGUGCAAGCGCUCGGCCGCAGGGCCACCAUGCUGCCGGGUCCUUGGCUGGCCCCCAGCCGGCACAGGGUGGCUCGGGAUGCUGCGGAGAACGGGCUGUCGUCGCAGCCAACGGUGCCAGCAGGCAGAGAAGAGUGACGAUACCACAUGAGCAUGAAUGCAUUUUUGUUGAUUCAGACACUCACCUUUCUUUUGUAGGGACCGAAAGUGAUAUUUACUGAUAUCAACGCAAUUCUCUCUUCUCAAUGUUUCCCAAAUGUUACUGAGCCAAGACACACCAUUCCUCACAAAAAGUUUCUAGUAUAGGGCGCUUUCAAGUGGAAGUUAAGUCAAAAUGUUCAUGUGCUCCCACUAGUCUAAACACGGAAUUCUGAUUAAAAUUCUCUUCGUGGAAUUAAGCAGAUUCAUUCACCCACUUUCAUUCAUUACUAUAGGCUGGCUAUGUAAGAUGGCCGUCGGUGGCUUCACAUCUCUCUACAGUGAGUUGAAGGAUUCUUAGUUCAUUCAUAGAUAAGGUUCUGAACCAAACCCAGAAAACAGAUGUGUGGUGACGUUUGCAAUGAUGUCAGUUCACGACCGGAACUCAAAUUCAAAGGGGCAUGAUUCAGCGUAAGCCUCAU